UUUGCGUACGACGAUCCUCAUUUGUCUAUGCUCGUUUGGGACGAUUCCAUUGUUUUAUCGGCCGCCCAGUAACCGCACUUACUAGAGAAAACGCCCGGAAUGGAAGUGGUUCCGGCGAUCGUCGCGGCGUUGGCGCUCUUCCUACCCUUCUUUGCGUGGAUACUGAGGUGGGCUCACGAAAGGCGGUUCAUCAGAGAGCUUGUCGCCGGACCGGGCUCUCUGCCGCCGGGGUCGAUGGGUUGGCCGCUCCUAGGCGAGAUGUUCGACUUCCUCCGCUACUUCAAGUUCGCCAAAAGACCCGAUGAUUUCAUAACGAAGAGGAAAGCUAGGUAUGGGGACACCGGUAUUUAUAGAUCCCACUUAUUCGGCAGUCCAGUGAUAAUCACAUGCUCCCCUGAGUUCAAUAAGCAGGUGCUUAGUAGAAUGACAGAGGAGGAGAGUUUAAGUUCAGGCUGGCCCUCAAAUAAGCUGCUGGGAAAUUCUUCAAUUGCAGUAGUCGAUGGAAUUUUGCACAAGAGAUUAAGAAAGAGUUUGAUGGAAGCCUUCACAAACCCGAAGGCUCUUAAUGCUCAACUAAGUAUUGCACAACCUGUCAUUAUUUCAGCUCUUGAAAAGUGGGUCUCUAAGAGAUGGAUAGUUGCAUAUGAUGAAACCAAAACUAUGACAUUCUGCAACAUGUGCGAAGUACUUGUUAGCUUCAAGUCGAUGGAACUUUUAGGGAAAAUGGAGGGUCUAUAUAGAGGACUUAUGGCUGGAUUACGGUCACUGACAAUUAACAUUCCUGGAACAGCAUACCAUCAUGCUCUCAAGUGCAGGAAGCAAUUAACUGACAUCUUAUUAGAUGAAAUGAGAAAAAGGGUGGAACAAGCAGUUCAGAAGCAGGACUUCAUGCAGAUCUUGAUGGACUCGGUUGAUGAAAAUGGAGCUAAGUUGAGAGAGAUGGAGGUAGUGGAGAAUAUUGUGUCUUUAAUUUUGGGUGGCUAUGAAUCCACCUCUGAUGUCAUGAUGUGGGGCUUGUACUAUCUGGCCAAACACCCUGAGAUACUUGAGAGGCUCAAGGAAGAAGCUAAAUUAAUAAGAAAGCAGAAACAUAAAGGGGAGCUUCUUAGUAUCGAAGAUAUUAAAAGUAUGAACUAUACUUCAAAGGUGGCUGAGGAACUAAUACGCCUAGCAAAUAUUUCUCCCUUCAUAUUCAGGCGAGUAGUGAAGGAUGACGUUGUUUUAAAUGGUUAUUGGCUCCCCAAAAAUUGGAAGGUUAUCGUGUGGAUUCGUUCCAUUCAUAUUGACUCUAAAUACUACAGCGAUCCAUUGGCCUUCAAUCCUGACAGAUGGACAGAUUUGAAACCCAAAUUGGGAACAUACUCUGUGUUUGGGGCAGGACCAAGAUACUGUCCAGGUAGCAGCUUUGCAAGGAGCCUACUCAAGAUUUUUCUUUACCAUGCUUGCCUGAACUACAGGUGGGAACUUUUGAAUCCAGAUGUAGGAUUUGCAUAUCAACCACACCCUAGACCAAGAGACGGAGCCAAGAUGAUAUUCAGUAGAGCACAGGGAGAUGAUUACUAGCAAGCAGAUCACACUGACGAACAUAUCUUUCUUGCUACUGUAUCCUUUCUGAAUGCUCAAUUGAAAUUCCUAGAAAAAAUAAAAUGUUUGUAUUGUGCUUGAUCUGUAAAGCAAUAAUGAAUUGGUAUGUUUGAGGUAUUUUUUAGUAUGAGAAUAAUUGAUCACCCAUAAAAGGCCAUUUUUGAAGGCUUUAUUUGCGA